UUAAGAAAUUCAGCAGUUUCAUGAAAUAUUACGAAUAAAAAGUUCUAAGAAAACAUGCCCUACACGAAGAUAAGAAUUUGGCAGUGAUAACGGUGAAUCAGUCGAUAAGCGACCGCCGAUCGGGUGCGAUAACGCCACUCAGGUGUGUACUCGAACACGCAAUGGACGCCAUAAAAUUAUACUUCAAACAGGAGUGUAAGCUGCUGAUGCUCGCCCUAGAGCAUCCCAAGCCGUCGGAUUUCUACAUCAGCGUUUGGCAAGCGACGCGGUCGCCCGUGCCGCUUUUGAUCUGGCGGGCGUUGCUCUUUCUGACGUCGAUCGGCAUAGUGAUCACUUCGGUCACGUUUUAUGCAAUAAGCUCGGUGUCUUUGGGCUACUGGUUCAUCUACCUCACCCACUGGGGCCUGACCUUGAUGAUACUGUCGACGGGAUUCGGCUUCGCCGUCUCUUUGCGCACCUACAUCUCUGGACCUUUGAGCGUUGAUUAUAGUUUGCCGUGGUACGUGAAGACUUUUUGGGUUCUGCACAACAUGUCAGUGCCGGUCGCCUUCCUCAUCACCUUGUUCUAUUGGACGAUACUCUAUGAGGCGGGCGUGUCGGAGGAGAUGAACCUGGGUCUGGACGUGUCGAUCCACGGCAUCAACUCCGUGGUGAUGUUCCUGCUGCUGUCCAGCUCGUCCCACCCCUCGCGGCUGGUCCACGUGCUGCACCCCAUGCUCUUCGCGCUCACAUACGUCGCCUUCAGCCUCAUAUAUUAUCUCGCUGGAGGCGUUGACACGGCCGGCAACCGCUACGUGUACCCGGUACUGUACUGGGGAUCGGCGGGCAAAGCUUUCCUGGUGGUGGUGAUAACUGGUCUCCUGCUGAUAGUCCUCCACUUCGCCACCAUCGGGCUGGCUGCAGCACGGGACGCCAUCGCCAACCGUCUCAUAAGGCCGUCCGUGACCGUCCAUGUGGACGAACGAUUAGCUCUGAGAAGGCCAACGGACAAUGUGUAGAUGUACUCAGAGAAUUGUGAAUACAGGCAAACAUAGAGUGACCUGCCGAUCUUCUUACAGACGAAUGGCAGUUGUCGGCGGCACGCGUCGAC